AGCAGUGGAGGAGGACACACUGUCAGCAAAGCCCGAACAGACAUGAGACAACUCGCUGCAGCUUCUCAACACUUUCUUUUUUUUUUAGUUUUCAUGGAUUAAUCUGAGACCAGCAGAGCAAAUAUUCACCGCCUGGGACGCUUGACAUGGAGUAAGACGUUUUAUUAUCCUCCCGACUUGGACUUUUUGACAUCUUUCCUUGCGACUCCUUUUCGCCGGUACCGUCCCGCGGUUUGAACCUUUUUCUCUGAUGUCCCCCUGUUACCGCCGGGCUCAGACCUGCGCAGGACAGCAUCACCACGGAACAACACACACGCAAACUUUCCACUGAGAUGGCCCGAGCGGAGACCAUCGAGAGUGUUGGAGAACCCGUAGGAGGAAGAGGAGGCGGAGGAGGAGGCGGAGGAGGAGGAAAUGGCCCUGUUCACUGCUACGAUUGCCGCAUGGAGGUGCCGCGACCCCUCCACACCUGGCCGUGCCUGCGCAACACCACCACCGCCACCACCACCACCACAGGCUUCGGUCCCGUCCACCUGCACCCUAAUCACCACCUGCACCCUUUCCGGGCUCUCUACCUGUCGUACUCGCUGCCUUCGCACCACCCGGAGGCCGAGGAGGAGGAGGAGGAGGAGGAGGAGGAGCCCCGCCGCACGGCGCUAUCGCCAUCAUCGACGCCUCCUCCUCCUCCUCCUAUGCCGCCGAGGCACAGGAGAAACGAGGGGAGCGGAGAUGGAGUCUCAGGAGAACAGCCAGGAUCGGACAGAGAGGAGCGCCGCGAGGCCUCCAGACGGCACGGACCCCUGCCUGACCUGCUGCCCCAAAACGAGCACCCGUCCUGGGCUGCACCGCACCACAACCACCACCACCACCACCACCAGCACCACCACCAAGCCCCCACAGGAGAGGCAGCGCUGGAGGCGGACAUCAUGAGAGUGGCCAACCAGCUCAGGACAAUUGGAGAUGAAUUCAACUCCACAGUCAUCCGCAGAGUGCGUCUUGCCCCCCGCUGGCAGGACUGGAGAGACGUCUGCCGGGGACUCGUCAACUUCCUGGCCCAGACCCUCAGUCCUCUCUACAGGCUCACGUAAACCGAUGUCUCACCUGCAGCCACAGGUUAAAGACUAGUUUUAUUUUUUUUUUUGUUUUGGACUCAGUCUGGACUUGGUUACGACCCCGACUGGUUGCUGCACUGUCAUUGGUUUGAUUCAGGAACACGGCCUGAAAGAAAAAAACUUUUUGCUUGAACAAAAAACGGGAGGAUGAGAUCGGCGGCAGCUGGAGGAGGAUUGAGACGCUCCCUGUGGAAACUGGACCCUGUCUGUCUGUCUGUCUGUCUGUCUGCAUGACGGCCCGUCUGUCCGGUCAGUCGCUCAGUCUGCUGGUACAGACUGCAGCUGGCGGACAGACGGCCACUUAUAUAUGUGUAUAUUCUGUAAAGUGACUUUUGUUUUUGUCUUUGUCAUGUGUCUCGGGGUUCGGCCGUUUAUGUAGCAGGUGUGUGUGUGUGCGCAUGGAAGACCUCGGUCAAACACAUUCUAAGAUAAUUCGAACGCAUAUACAAACAAAGAAAAGUACAGAAGUGUCUGCGCGUCUGUCGCCCCGAGGUGUUAAUUUAAAGUUAAACGUUUGCAGAUUUGACCCUCGUCUGAUGUGUGCGUGUUGCCGGUUGUGUCUUCAUCGAUCGUGCAACCCCGUGUCCCCGUUCUUCUAAACUGUGAAACCGGACGCCGUGGUUGCAUCGCAGGGAAACGUCGGGUGUUAAUCCACUACGGAGCAAAGCAAAGCACAGAGUGAACCUCUCACCCUAUCGGCUUCACUUCAUCCUCCAAUGUGCCUUUUUUUUUUUUUGUUUUUGCUUUUUUUUGUUUUUUUUUUUGCUUUGCGUCCUGUUGAGGCUUAAUCCCCAACACCAGGACAAUCAACUACACACACACACACACUCAUGAAUACACACACAGUGAAUGAAACACACACUCUGUUUAGUUGCUGUGUUUGUCUAAAUUCAAAUGUCAUCCGAUCACAAUUCCAGCUUCAGUCGAACUUCAGUUAUUUCAGGACAGAUGCAUCUUAAUUAAUCACAAUGCACACACACACACACACAGAUACACAACUCUUCAUACUGCCAGUGUUGGGAGCUGGCAGGGUUUCGCCCGCCUGUGUCGUCAGUGUUUAUAGUUUCUAGACAGACUAUAAAUGCUCUUUUGGAAGAAGAAUUCAUCUUAUCCAAAAGUUUAAAUGACUUUAUAAGUACUUAACGAAGCGAAGAGAGUUCACUGUGUUCGCGAGAUGUUUCUUUUUCUCUUUUAAUUCCUUUUUUAAUGUAUUUCUGAGCGACCACUGGCAACAGUAGAGCAGGUCUGAAUUUAAAUCCAGUGGAUUUGAGAAGGUAUUCCAUGAGUUAAAGAAAACACAAAAACAAAUAAUAUGAUUGGGGAUCACUUGAUUGUUGGAAAGUAUUUGAUGGUGGAAAAUGUAAAACGAGCUCUUCGGUUGUGCGAUUACUUUCACUGUAGUUUAAGAGAAGAUGAUGUUGCUCAUAUUAAGAGCGUAAUUUAUUUUGAUAAGUAGCCUACCUGUAGCUCGUUGUUUAAUUUUUUUCUCUGGUUAAAAAAAUGUAAAUGUAUUUAUUUUUUUUUUCAUACAUUCCUGAUCAAAAUAUGAUUGAAGCUGUAUUUGAGUUGAAAUUGUUGAAGCAGUUUGAAGCUAUGAAGCUGUCACUGAACUCGCUCACUCAGGAGCUCUUGUCCACAUUUCCCAUGAUAAUAAAAAGUGACUCGGAUCAUUUACAACGGUACAUGUGAGAGAAAAAAAAAAAAAAGAAGUAAGUGUUUAUAUGAUAAAUAUUACUCAAACAGACUAUUACAGACUGAAAGUGAUGUUAUUCGAUGGGAAAGUACCAAAAUUCUCCAAACUCUCAAACAGGCUUUAAAUGACUGAACUGGAACCUGCUGUCAGGUAUUUCUGUGUGAUAUUAGAGAGUGGCAACACACAGAUUUAUGUACUGUAUGUACUUUGAAUUAAGGACUUAAUGGAGUAUUUCAACUUUUAUUUGAGGAAGCUCUUAGGAUGAAAAAUCUCAUCAGGUUUUCUUUUUUCACACCACUCUCACUUGGCCUUAGUUUCACUGUUUGUGUAUAUUUUUUAGCACAGGGCCUUGUUAUUUUAACAUUUCUGAGAGCCUUGAUGUAUAAAGUCAUAUAACUUGGAUGUUCAGCUAACUCGGGGCUAAGCGGAGAACAAACUAUGCUAGCAUGCUAGACACCUAUUACUGCUUGUGUGUUCAUAUUCGUGGAGCGGUUCGCUAGCUGCACUUCGGCCACUCAUGCUGUCAUCACAUAUCAUUCAACCUGCAGGAGAUCCGAGGACUUAGCCUGGUUAUUUUUUUGUUUUUUUCAAAAUAUUUCAGUCUGAUAUGUGAGGGUGCACUUCCUGGUUGAGCACUCGCACCCUUCCCACCAGCAGAGCUCAGUGUCAGUCACAUGCAGUGUGUGUUUGCUGUUUUUAAACUUUUUCUAUUGUAAAAUUUCUACAUGAAUUUUGUACUUUUUUCUUUUUUAUACAAUAAAAUUUAAGAAUAAACAUA